UCAAAUUUUAAUUAAUUUUAAUUUUUUUUGUUGGUUUUUUAAGGAAGAAGAAAAAAGUUAUUAAUGACUCACCUUAUUAAAGUGAAUUCGAACAUAUGGAGGUGAAGUUCUUCGCGUUUUGGUUGUUGACGCUGUGUUGUUUGAUGGAAAAACCGAAUUCAUCAUUUGAGCACGUCCACCGGAAACAAAGCGAUUCCCUCAAUAAAGCGGCCGUUGUUACGAAUUCUUUUGAAUGCACCAACAUUGGAUUAAAUAUUUUAAAAUGUGGUGGAAGUGUCGCCGACGCAGCCAUAGCAGCGCUUUUUUGUGAGGGCGUUUCAAAUCCGCAAAGUAUGGGGUUAGGAGGUGGUUUUCUUUUGACCAUUUUUAAGAAAUCUUCAGGAACAGUUCAAGUUUUAAACGCUCGGGAAAAUGCUCCGUAUAAAGCUCAUAAAGAUAUGUUUAAUGAAUGUGGUUCGGAAAACGAAAUGUCUUCCGGUGGUUUAUCCGUUGCAGUUCCCGGCGAACUAAAAGGUUAUUGGGAGCUCCAUAAAAAAUACGGUAAACUCCCGUGGUCUCAUCUAGUAAAGCCAACGAUAAAACUCCUCCAAAGGGGAAUUUACGUUAGCAAUUAUCUCUCAAAAAUGAUUAAAGCUUUAGAAAACGAAAUCGUACGCUCCCCCAGUUUGAAGUUAAUUUUUUUAAACAGACAAACAGGGAAACUUUACCAAGAAGGUGACGUCAUGAAUCGGCCGAGACUUGCAGAAACGCUCGCUAAAAUCGCAGAAAAAGGCCCGAAUGUGUUAUAUAACGGUCCAUUAACGGAUUGUUUUAUUCAGGAUAUUCAAGACGCGGGUGGGGUAAUUACAAAGGAUGAUUUAAAAAAAUACAAACCUCGAUGGAUGAAACCGUUGUCGACAACAAUCGCUACAGAUUUCACCAUUUAUACAGUCCCAUCUCCAGGAGCUGGUUCAUUUCUUUUAUUAAUCACCGAUUUAAUGUCUCGAAUGAUUAUUAAUUGUUCUCCGGUGACGUUUUGGCACCGUUUAAUCGAAGUGUGGAAGUUCGCUUAUGGUUUAAAAACUCAACAAUCCGGUCCGAAUAUGGCAAUAAGAAAUUUAGAUGAGCAUUGUUAUAAUUCAACGGUUACUCAUUUUAUUCGGUGUCGCAUUAAAGAUUCUUGUACAAGUAAUGAUCCAAGUAAUUAUUUUGGGGUUUAUGAGCAACCCGAGGACCACGGAACUGCUCAUAUUAGUAUUUUAGCACCGAAUGGGGAUGCAAUUUCUGUUACAAGUACAAUUAAUUUGGUUUUCGGGGCUUUUUUUGCUUCACCAUCAACCGGAAUCAUCUUAAACAACCAAAUGAUGGACUUUGCAAUUCCUAAUCGUCAUCCGUGGAAAGCAAACCCAUCGAAUUAUAUUAAACCCCAACGCCAGCCAGUUUCAACGAUGUGUCCAACGAUUAUUUUAAGCUCAAUUGAUAAUUCCGUUAGGAUGAUUGUGGGGGCUUCUGGUGGAUUUAAAAUACUUUCGGCGACUUCUCUAGUGGUGAUAAGACAUCUACUUUUAGGGGAGUGCCUCGAAGAAGCCGUCGCGCAACCGAGAUUACAUCAUCAAUUGGUGCCGAUGGAGAUCGAAUAUGAAUCGGGGUUUCCCCCGGCGAUUUUAAAAGGGUUAUCUCGCCGUGGGCAUGUUAUUAAGCAGUAUAAAACGGAUGUCCAAUGUGCUGAAGGUUCGCUUAAUAUGCCGAUUACUUCCGCUGUUAAUGCCAUCUCGGUUUGUAACGAUAAUAUUGAGGCGAUUGGUGAUCGAAGACGACAUGGUUAUGGUGAAGGGUUCUGAAAUU